AUGAUUGAUAAUGAAGGACGGACUCAAGAAACUUCUUUGGGUGAUGAAAAUCCCUCAUUAUCUCACGCUGCUACGAGCGGACCAGUAUUGACAUUUGCUGAACCUUCACGUAUUUACCAUCGUCGACAGGGGGAAUAUCAAUAUGAAGCUCAAUAUCAGGAUUCAAGCGAUGAUUGUAUAGCACAAAUCAGACACUUUUUCUAUCAAUGCAAAACAACCUUGAAAACAUUGUGGUGCUGUUCUCACAGUAGACAACGUUGGACAGGUAGGUCUUCAUCUACUGCAGAACUUCCUUUUCUGGUUGCUGCAUUUGGAACUAUAUACGGCACCUUUAUAUUAGUACGUGCACUCGCUGUGGAUGGGUGGUUAGUAGAUCACUCACAGUGGGAUGGAAAGGGGCAUGCGUACGACAAAAAUCCGAUUGAAAUUGUUGAUAGACUGGAAAGAUGGCUGGUCAUUGUAGCCUUCCUCUGCGGAAUUAUCAACUGUCUUUUGUUAAUUGCGAGAACCCGUCUUAGAUUUUAUACAGCUUCUCUGUUUUGCAAAUGGCUUGCUUUUAUUCAUGCAAUCGGGUGUCUCUGUGCUGUAUAUUUGUUCGCUGAUCGUGUUUCUCCCCAGCAAUCGUAUCCUGUAUAUGUCUAUUCGCGCGGCUUUUGGAGUUGUCUUGGGUCGGGAUUAUUGGAAACUGUGGCUGUACUAGGAUUCACAAUAGAUUGGAUGUUAUCUUACCCUUACUCUGAUCUUUCCCUUGUACUCAAGGGUCUUGUGCUUCCAAGUAUUAUGGCAUGCGUUAGUAUUGCCUUGGGGGCCCUUGCCUUUAUGAAAAUAGAGCAAUGGACUUACAACCAAGCGGUAGUAUUCUGUACUACUGCCCUGACCACUAUAGGGUAUGGAGACGUUGCGCCUAUCACAAGCUUAGGUCGUCUGUUCUUUCUUUUUUAUGCCAUUACAGGUGUGUGUGUUAUUGGUUAUUUUCUUCUAUCGAUCCGCGCUGUUAUGACCGGAAACACGUCUCGUAUUCUGCGUGUAAAUCUUAUGCGAGUAGAGUCAUUUCACAAUCACAUUCGUAAGCAGCGCCAAAGACAUGCUGCAUCAACUGCAGUUGAUUCAACAGCUUUGGAUUCCCAGCUUGAGCCGCAUGUACUCAAUGGCAUAAAACCUGUAUCGUCCACAUUCGAAGCUUCAAGGUCAUUUCCCCGGCGCACCAGGUCUACAUUAUCGAUGUACAGUACUGGAACACUAGCUGAUAUUGUUAAUGACAAAGAUCGAGAGGUCCUGGUCCAAAUCAUUACACGUUCUGGUAUUGUUCGUAUGUCAAUCAUCCUUGCAUUUUCGUGGUUUGGGGGAGCAGCUGUAUUUUGCUAUCUAGAGACCCAAUGGAAUUAUCUGGAUGCACUGUAUUUUGCUUUUGCAACCCAACUUACAAUCGGAUUUGGUGAUCUUGUACCCCAGACGGCACUCGCCCAAGAAUUCUGGUUUAUGUACAUUGUUUUUUCUAUUGCUAUUGCUGCUUAUUUCAUCAGUCUUUUUGGCGACGUAUUGGUAGAGAAAUUUCAGCUACGAGAUGAAGAUGAAAAUGAAGAAUUUUAUGAAUCUACAACUUCUGGAUUUCUUGCUCUUGCUCGAUCUUUAACAGAUGAAUCAGAUGAUACAUCAUCCAACCCAUUAGACAGUCUUCCAAUUGAAAAUACAAGAACUAGAGGGGACAAUACAGCUGGGACUACACACUGUCCUGAAUGUCCAAUUGGACUACACCGAUAUCUCUAUACACCUGUCACAGUUCAUGGAUCAUACACUUCUAAAGAACCCUUAAAUACUUACCAGCUACGAGGCCCGCCUAUUACACAUAGACCACUUGGGAAACGAACAAUGAGUUUACCGAUGACAGUGUCUUCUCCUGAUCAUCAAUCUGUAGAAGUAUCUAAUACAUUUAAAGAUACUAUACAAUUACCCCAUUACGGAUCUACGGACAUUGCUUAA